CAAGGUGUUUUCCAAGCUAUCGUUUCUCAAGAGCUAACUCAAGAAGCUAGUGUCUAUCAAAGGAUAGAGGGUACUGCCCCACGGAUAGUGACCAACUACUUCUUCCAAGAAUCAACCAAUUUUCUCCGAUCGGUAACAGCGAGAAUGGCAGCCAUUGAUGAUGAUCGAGACGAGGCUUACCACUCAGGGUUGUACAGUUUGCAGAGUGAAGCAGAUUCCUCAGAACCGAGCUCAGAACUCACCAAAGCCAAGAGCGUGGGUAGAAGAAGUGUUUCUCCUGGAACUACUACUGAGGUAAAGCAAAUACUGGGCAAGUCCAAGCAACCAAACAAUGACAGCUCAAUAUGGAGUCUCACGAUACCGACAGAAAGCAACAUGAAAAAGCAAGUUGGUCUAAACCCUGAAACCCCCAUGACCCAACUAGCUGGACGUAUGAUUGGAGUGGACCUGAAACAAAUUGAUUCGCCCACAGGAGAGUAUGAUAGUGGAAUUUUCUCUUCCAUACCUUACACGUCCCUCGGCCAAGACAAACAGAUCGGAUCCCCAAAGGAAGCAGAAAAGAUGGAAGUAGAAGACUCGGGUAUUGUCAGUAUGUCUGCAGCUUCAAAGCUAACGGAAGAGGAGUCAAGUAACACAAACUCUACCCUCCUCAAUACUUCAAUUGCAACUAGCACUGCACGGAUCCACUUGCUGCAGUCUGAGACAAGACCGAGGUCUGUGUCACCGAGUGUGCCCCCAGUUGGAGAGAGUGUGGAGGUGGUCACGGACAUCCCCUCGUUUAGUAUGAGCUCAAGUCAUCCUGGCUCGAAGCGUGCGUUUGAUUCGGAUGAAGGAGAGAGGUGGCAUCGUAAAAAGACACCACGAUUGGCCGAUAUAGAGGAAGGAAUAUCUCAGAAGCCUGCCAUUCGAGUGAAGACUAUAGUGUCUCCAGCUGGCAGCCCUCGCCCGAGGAGAGGGGGCGUGUCUCCUCACAGGUCCCCUCGUGGCUCCCACAGCCCGGUCUCCAUCAGCAUCACCGAGGACAGGAGCAUGGAUACAACAUCAGUGCAGCAGUCCACUCUGUCUCCUGGAUCCAUCUCUCCAAAUUCCACUCAGGCACCUGUCGUCAAUUUCCGUGAUAUUGGAGAUCUUGCCAAGUCCUCAAAUCGUGAGCAAGGAAUGGUCUAUGUACAAGUCAACCCCCACUCCCUAGCCGUUGGUGCCCACUCCCCUGUGCUGAUUGGCGUUAGUGAUCUUGCACGACGUGGUCCUGUAAUGAGCACAGACUCCCCUAUCAAUAAGAUCACAUCCAAAGGUGCUAUGUUGAGAGAGAGCCCCAGGAAAGGUGGCAGUCCAGUGCCACCGACCUCUGUUGCCACCGUCUUUCAGCUCCUACCUACAAUAGUCAGUUUGCCGCAAUCGAACAACCCCAAUCGUCUAAGCCCUGCCCCCUCUCCUCGCAGUACCUCCCCUUCCUUGGACAAAAAGGAGGAGAAUACAGAUGACAAAAAAGAGGACAAGGAAGGGAAACCAGGCAACGCUCUUCUCCAAGUCACCGAGGCACAUCUGGCAACUCUCUCCGAUGAAGAUGGAGACACGCCUCUUCACCUUGCUAUCAUCCAUGAGAAUAUCAGCCUCACCCAAUACCUGGUCAAGCUCAUAGUGGGCGUGUAUAUGAACCUUGACAUUGCCAACAACAUGAGACAGACCCCCCUCCAUCUAGCAGUCAUCACCCGACAGCCUCAGAUGGUACAGCUACUAGUGGGUGCUGGGGCCUCGGUAAAUUUCCCUGACCGUAAAGGGAAUACAGCCCUUCAUUUGGCGGCUGCUCGUAGAGAUGUGAGAAUCCUUCAGCUACUGGCCCAAGCCACCAACCCUCUUCCUGAUUACAAUGCCAAGAAUUUCUUAGGCUUGACGGCAAUCCAUGUUGCUACUAAAGAGGCCAGUAUUGAUGUGCUCAAGUUUUUCUUCCAGAUGGGAGCAAAUAAGAAUGCUCCGGAUGCUUGCAGUGGCCGCACUGCUCUGCACUAUGCUGUAGAAUCUGAGAACUUUACUCUGGUCAACUUUCUAUUGGAAAACAACAUCAAUGUCAAUGCUGCCACUUUUUCUGGAAACACUCCGCUGCACGUGGCGGCCGGUCGUCGACUCAAAGAAAUUGUGGCCCUCCUAAUGGCAUACGGAGCCAACCCAGCCAUUGCCAAUGGAGAGGGGGAUUUUCCUUCAGACCUUCCAGCUUCUCUACUGAUGCAGAGAGCCAAGAUGCACGUACGCAAUGCUCACUGAUGCCACACCAUAUACAUGUCCACAAACAACUCGCCUAUACAGAGACCAUUCACCAGACAUUAACGCCUGGUUAUAGCAGCUGCACAUUAUAACCGUAUUGCACUCGUCAUGUAGCCUCAACUCUUGUGUGUAUACAAUUUGUACAUUAGAGUCUUGUUUUGUGUAUAAUAUAUCUAUAAAUUAUUUGUAAUUAUAGCUAUCGAUUUCUGCUGUAAUGUAUAUAUACCACCAUGUAUGGUCAGAUUGCCACUGUCAGUAAACUUU